AACCCAAGUAUUAUACCAAAGCCCAAACACCAAGCCUAGGUAGGUUACAACACUCACCACCCCCUACGACGCUCACCCCCUCUCCGCAACCGUCACUCUUUUCUCUCAACGACCUUCACUCACCGCCACCCUCUGGUAUGGUGCCCAUCCUCACCAUCUGAAGUUCAAUCACUAUCCAAUUCACUCAGUCAUGAUAAUAAUUAUCCAGUUGUGUCCUGAAAUCGUGGAAACCGCCCAAACUACACCGCAAAUCGUAGGUGUGGUUUGGCCGGUUAGAUAAUUCUAUUCAUGCUCUUCCGACCACCGCAAGCUCCCUCACCCUCCGCCGCUCGGAUGGCGCGUGCCUUUCUACGCGCCGUUCCUGCUCUUCUCCACCCCUCCUCCCUCUCCACCACCACUGCGGUCUCGUCUUGUUCUCCCUCCGUUUGCGGCGGCAAUGGCGGUCUCUCUUCGUUCUCCAUUUCCUCGGUGGUGUUCGGAAGAAGGUUCCACGCCCUUUGCAGCAGCAAACAACGGUGGGGGGCUUUGAGGAGUUCGGGAAGAGUUUGGGCUGCGCAAAGGGAUUAUCGUAAGGCGGCGAGGAGGCGAUCGGCGCCCAAGAGAAAUAAUAAGGAGUUGGAGCUUAAUGUUAGUAUUUGCAUCGAAGAAGAUUUGCCUGACGAUCCUGAAAUUCUGAGUAUUGCAGAGUUGCUCCGUUUGAAUGCUCCUAUGGCAAUGAAGUUAGCUUUUGAUGGUUUGAAAGAGUCAAAGUAUAAGACUCGAGAUUCUGCUAUAACUGAUGUUGGUGGAUUUGAAUGUGUAGAGCUUUCUGUGCUUCUCUGUAAUGACGAUUUUAUUCGAAAGCUUAACAAGGAGUGGCGGGAUGAGGAUCAUGCUACCGAUGUUCUAUCAAUGUCGGACCACAUACCUGAUCUUAACCUUCCAAUUCUUAUGUUGGGGGACAUUGUGAUUUCCAUGGAGACCGCGGCACGGCAAGCAGAAGAAAGAGGGAUCAGUCUUGUUGACGAAAUUCGGAUUCUCAUGGUACAUGGUUUGUUGCAUCUUUUGGGAUUUGAUCAUGAGAUUAGUGAAGAGGCUGAGAUGGAAAUGGAGAAGGAGGAGGAACUUCUCUUGAAAAGUCUUGGUUGGGCUGGGAAGGGACUUAUUCAGAGUGCAUAUGAUGCUGCUAAUGCUGAAACUAAUGGCAAUCCCAUUGCCAUUGCUGAUUCUCAUGAUGACGCCAAGAAGAAGAAGGAAGGCAGCCUUCGGUUUUAUAAACCGAAGUUUAGCUAUAUUUUCUGUGAUAUGGAUGGUACACUGCUAAACAGUAAGAGUCUGAUUAGUUCAACAACUGCCAAGGCUUUGAAAGAAGCCUCAUCAAGGGGUGUGAAGAUUGUUAUAGCCACGGGGAAAACUCGGGCUGCUGUGAUGAGCAUUUUCAAGAUGGCAGAUUUAGCUGGAAGUGGUGGCAUUGUUUCAGAAGUUUCUCCUGGGGUUUUCUUACAGGGAUUGCUUGUCUAUGGUACACAAGGCCGGGAAAUUUAUAGAAGGAAUUUGGAUCCAAUUAUCUGUAGAGAGGCUUGUGUUUACUCAUGGGAGAAUAAAGUUCCUCUAAUUGCUUUUAGUGGGGGUCGCUGCCUUACUCUGUUUGAUCACCCGACUGUUCAGUCCCUGCACACUGUGUAUCAUGAGCCAAAGGCAGAGAUAAUGUCUUCUGUUGAUCAACUCUUGGAUGCUGCUGACAUACAAAAAGUGAUCUUCAUGGACACUGCCGAGGGUGUGGCUAGUAUUUUGCGCCCCUAUUGGGCAGAGGCCACUCGAGAUCGUGCCAAUGUUGUGCAGGCUCAGGAAGACAUGCUUGAAAUCGUCCCUCCUGGAACGUCGAAAGGGAGUGGGGUGAAACUGCUGCUUGAUCAUCUGGGAAUUAGUCCAAAAGAGAUCAUGGCGAUUGGCGACGGAGAAAAUGAUGUUGAAAUGCUGGAGUUGGCUUCUCUAGGUGUUGCUCUUAGUAAUGGAUCAGAGAAGACAAAAGCUGUGGCUGAUGUCAUUGGUGCCAGCAAUGAUGAAAAUGGCGCAGCUGAUGCAAUAUACCGGUAUGCUUUCUGAAUCUGAGCCUUCUUCAUUUGCAUUUGCAGACAGGAAUAAUUAAGAGUAGAAUAGAAUACCUUUGUAAAAUCAAAUCACUUUGAAGCUGUCGACAAGGCUUGUCUUAAUUUAUAUUCUCUAUUGUUUUCUCUCAAAAGAGAGAACUUUCUUAAUUUAUUUUCUCUCAAAAGUGAGAGUUUUCGUUGUUUUUGUACUUUGGAUUCUGUUUGAUGAAAUUUGUAUAUCAAAUUAAUUACCUAGAA